AUGUCCUGCUUUUGUUUCCGUCUUCCGUUCUCGCGGAGGAAAAAGGGCGGGGAGGACGCCAAGUCUGAGAAGAACGCAGCGGGGUCUCAGCCUGGGCAGGAUUCCUCACGGCAGGUGAAACCGCCGCCGCUAGCUCAGGGAGACACCACUCGAACGCUGUUCUCCGCCACCUCCACUCUCCGGCAGGGGCAGCUGCAGGGCCCCGCGCUGCUGGCGACCCCUCCGGGAGGCACAGCCGGCGCGAGUGCCGGGCGGCAAACGUCUCCGGGGAGUCUGCCCUCGGCCUUUAUGAGGACGGCGACGGAGUUCAGCGGGGCUCGCGGGCCUACGGGCCGUUUCACGCCAACCAUUCCCUGCUCGCAGAGUGUCGCGUCCGCCACGAAGGUUCUACCAAAGUCCGCAAAAGUCGUCUUUUCCCGACUUACCGACGUGCCGGUCAAUAGGGAGGGCGACGCGGUCGAAGACCGCACAUUUUUUUGCUCAGUGUACUUCGACGACGAGGCGAUGACAAAGGCCAUCGACAGUCCGUCUCGAGUCACGCAGCCGGCCGAAGGUUUCUACAGCGGCAUCAAGCACUACGCCGUGCCGCUCAACAACCAGAGCAUUGUGCUGCAGGUCCCGUCAGGAACACAGUACACGGGCGUCGACCCCCUCACCGGCGAAGAGAGAACUCCGCCUUCCGGCUUCCGCGUCGCGCUGACUGAGCAACUCGCGUCGGGGAACCAGAUCUACAAAGGCUCGACUCCGCUGCUGCGGUUUGAGGACAUGCGUCUGACGCAGAUGUCGCGGUGGCCUCUCGUGAAUCCAGUCUUUCGUCAGGGCGCAGGAUCUGUGUAUCUCCGCUGUGAGUUCACUUACGAAGGGGACCCCCCGCGGGAGGAGCCCGGAGCGGCUGCGCUGAAGAAGAUGGAGACGGCGCCGCACCCGUACCGGCCGCUGGCGUCGAUCUCGGCGCCCCGUCGUCAAGGCCGUGUCCUCGCUUCCGCGUCCGCCUGCCCGCUGUCCGACGGGCCUCUUUGCCGCGAACGCGCGCCCUCGUUCCCCUCUCCCUCGCCUCCGAGUCUCGCGAGGACUGGAGCCACGAGCCCGAGCUCUCAAACACAAGCAGCCCUGUCUCCGUCCACGCCGCGGUCGGAUGCCUCUUCUCCUGCGGCUCCGCUUCCGCGUCCAGCCAACCUCCCUCCACUCCGAUCCACGCCGAGGCCCGUGCUCUCUCCUGAGAGGCCCCAAGAUCGAAGUGCUGGACGGCAGACGCCCAGGGAGGCGAGCGCCAACGGCGGGAAUGCAGUGGCGGCUGUGCCUAUUUCGCUGGAGCCGGAAAGAGCCGAGCGGGAAGAGGAGACGAUCAGAAGCGACAGCGAGGACAAGGCCGAAGAGAAACACGUCAAGAGAGAGGAGGAAGAAGUCUCACCAGAGGCGAACGAACGUAGAGAGGACAUGGACCAAAGGGAAGAGGCCCGCGAAGGCGGCGCAGGGGCAAGAGAUCUGGCUUCCUCGCCUUCGCUGCCGAGCAAGCAAACGGACCGAGAGCAGGAGUCCCAGCAGGCACACGGUAUUCCGACUCCUCGAGCUCACCGGGAUACUGAGAGAAGCCGGAAGCAAGAUGGAAAGCAAAAGAAGAAGAAACGGAAGACGGAGAAGCGCCACGAUGAUGAUGACAAAGAGCAGGAGCAAGGAAGCCGCGACGACAGCGAGAAGAAACGAAAGAAGAAAAAGAAGAAAGAGAGCAAAGAUGACGAGUCACGGCGCCAUCGGCGAAACAAGGACGACGACGAGAGCGACUCAGACGGGGAGCAGCCGAUGAAGGACAAGAAGAAAUGUGAUAAAGACGGAAAGAAGGACCAAAAGAAAGGCAAGAAUCACUCAAAGGAACGUGAAGAUUCUUGA